AUGCGCGUCGUCGUCGUUGUCGCCGCCGUCGCGAUUCUCUCGUGUUCGGCCGACUUCUCGGCGUCGUUCAACGCAUUUCUCGUCAACAAUUACGGCAAACAUAUCGACGAUUUGUUGGCGCGUCGCGAUUUGGGACCCGAUGGCAGCUACGGCGGCGGGAAUCAUAAUGGGCAGAGCCGAACGUCAAAACAAGCGGUGGUUCUCGUUCACGGCAUCACCAACACGGCGGGAACAUUUCGCGGUCACAGAAAUCAUUUGGCCAAUGUUGGAUGGUCUGAUGAAACGAUCUUCGCUACCACAUAUGGCGAUGGCGGAAAAACAUUGAUGCCGAUGGUUGAUAUGAAGUGCCAAUACGUUAAACAGGUGCGCUAUAUGAUUCAAGUGGUUGCUGCUUUCACUCGAAGAAAGGUUGACGUUAUUGGAUACUCGUUGGGAUCGCCGAUUGCGAGAAAAGCGAUUCUUGGCGGAAAAUGCGUCGAUACUGGCGAGAAUCUCGGCCCGCAGCUCACUGAUUUGAUCGACACGUUUGUUUCUGUGGCCGGCGCCAAUCGCGGCUCGUUCCUCUGCGCUCUGCCGUUUCCUGGAGCUUGCAACAUGGUCAACGGGCUCUCGUGCACGUCGAGAUUUAUUCAGGACAUCAAUUCGAAGCAACGUUACGAAGGAAAAAGGAUCUACUCAAUUUACGGGCCAAGCGAUGACAAGGUCGGAUUCAGAAACACGUGCGGACAAUUGACAUCGCAAAUUGCCGGAGCCGAUGCGGAAUUUCAGCGUCCUGGAAAUCACGACGACAUCAUCAUAAAAACCGCGCAAAUGCAAUUCAAUCUUAUCGACCAACAUAGGCCAUAA